ACUACACUGACGGCCUUUCGCCAGAGCGGACGCGUUACGCGGCAUCUCUUUUGUCGGAUACGGUAGCGCGAGAUUUUCCACAUCGCGGGACCAGAAGAGAGGAAGAAGAAGAGUAAGAGGAGGUAAUUCUGCUCCCCGUGCAGUUCUCGAGCUGGUAGCCGCGUGCUUUUACAGCAAACGUCGCUGAAUUUCUAUUAAGUAGGCAUGAGUGAUUAAGAAUCUCAUAAAAAAAGGACAUUUUAACAAUUACCGCUACAUCACCGGUUCCGCCCCCCUCCCCCCUCCAACCUGGUGCACUUCAGAAUCGGGAAGAUUCUUUGUUCCACGUGUUGCUCUCGAAUCUGAGGCCAUCAAAAAUCUUGCAGCCAGAGAAAUAUAUAAAUCGCGGGAGAUUCCGUUCAGUGGACCAAAGAUCUUCCUCGGUUAAGAAUAUGAUAUGGACUCACAUUCAAGAUCAAUGAUGCGCAUUUGAUAUUAGCAAAACUGAGUAUAAGAUGCUCCCAUGACUGAGCACAAGGUGAAUGCGCCCUCUUCAAAUUCCUGGAACUCCAAUACAACGACAGUUUUGGCUUCGAGGGAAAUAAAAGCUCCACCAAGCGCCUCGUCCAACAAUACAGAAUAACACGAGAUAUGCUUUAUCCAUAGACAACACAUCAGCUACAUCAAAUACCAGUUAACUCUGGCAAUACCUGCUACAUCAAUAACGCAAGAAGAAAACAAAACAAUCUCCUAGGACCUGCUUUCCUAGUGCAUGGACGCCUAACACCUGAAGAUUUGGGUAACCACCCCUACGGCCACAAAACGAGAGAGAAUUAACAUUUCCCAGGACUUCUUAAAGGCUCAUGGACGCUUAACACCAGUCAGUAGCUUCGGACAGACAUUUCUGACUCGAGAGCGCCCUCUGCGUCGUCAGAAUCCAGAAGACUUCAUUCCAGGAUCAUGGACGCCGCUGACCAACCCCUGGUGACUUCCGAAGUGGGACCCUUCACUUCGACCGAGUCGUACUUCGUCGUCCAGCCCACGUCUUACGCCCAGCAGUACGUCGAUAUAGGAGAACCAGCAGUACACUUCUGGGAGGAAAGUUCCCCGAGUAUGGUGUUUGGCUACGUAGUGUUGAGUUUGGUGGCAGCUGCCGUUUUGAUUCUAGGAUUGCUGGUGUUUGCAAAGUCGGUCACUCGCGCAGUGUUCUACAAGCGAGAUGUGGAGUCCGGGUUGGUCUCCUGGGGUCGAGGAAAAGGCCUGGAAGGACAGGCCGCUGUUAUGAUCUCUCACUCUCUCCCCGAUCUCUCAAGGUCGGUCUCACAAGAGCAGCUCCUAAUCCAGGAUAACAAGAAGGUUGCGCGACAAACAACAUUGCCAACCGUACCACAGCGGCAUGCCACCUUCCAGCGUCAACUCUCUCAGCGACUGCACCUAGACAGUAUCGAGUUUUCUGUCUGCAACCUUGAGAAGAAAGACGAUCUAGGACUUUUGAGGCCGGAACUGUACCGAAAUGAGCUCAUCCGUCAGGCGUCCAUUGAAAGCAGCGGAGCAGGUUCUGACACCGAGGCCGUUGGUCGUCUGCGCUUCACUUUAAAAUACGACCACGCCAUUGAGGGCCUGGUCGUCAAGGUUGUGCAAGCUCUCGACCUACCUGUGAAGGACGUGACCGGCUCUUCAGAUCCUUACAUCAAGGUUUAUCUGCUGCCUGAUCGCAAGAAGAAAUUCUGCACGAAGGUACAUCGCAAGAACCUCAACCCGGAGUUCAACGAGUCUUUCGUGUUUAGCGUGGGCUGGCCCGAACUCCGAGAUAGAACCCUCCAGUUCAGCGUGUACGACUUCGACAGGUUCAGUCGCAACGACCUAAUCGGACAGGUAGUCCUCCAGGGAGUGGCAGAGCACUGCGACCCGGACAAUGAGAUGGAGUACGUGAUGGACAUCCUCAACACGAAACACGAAUCUCGUGAACUUGGUGAACUCAUGCUUAGUCUUUGCUAUUUGCCCACGGCUGGACGGCUCACGGUGACGGUGAUCAAGAUGCGUAAUCUGCGUGCCAUGGAUAUUACUGGAUCUUCUGACCCGUACGUCAAAGUUUGUCUCCUGUGCCGUGGCAGACGGAUAAAGAAGAAGAAGACAAGCGUUAAAAAAUCAACUCUCAAUCCCAUCUACAAUGAGGCUCUGGUCUUUGAUAUUCCUAACGACAACAUCGAGGACGUCACCCUACUGGUCAAGGUCAUGGAUUACGACAGGGUCGGAGCAAAUGAACUUCUGGGCGUCACUGUCCUUGGGACUCAGGUCAUUGGACCAGGAAGAGACCACUGGCUGGAGAUGUUGGAGUGCCCGAGGAGGCCAGUGACUCAAUGGUAUCCCCUGAUGGAAAGUGUGCCGGUAAAUCUAGUGGUGUCUCCCUCUCGCACUCUCCCACCACCACUUUCUUGCCUUAACUCCACGUGAAGCUCAAAAGGAUACGAUUAAUGACACCUUUAGGAAUCAUUGAAACAAACUGGAAGUUUUGUCAUCGUUUGGAGGAGAAUCCAAGGAUGUCUCGGAAGAGGUACACUUUGAUGAAUUGAGCAUUUAUCAUUCAGUUAAGAGGCUGGUGCUGGUGCCAUCUCCCUUGCUUUAGAUAUGGCAGAAUAGACAGUAAACAAUAAAUAAAGCUUUAUGGUAGUUAAGUCUCCAUAGCAUCCGCAUUUAUGGUUACCAUUAUUACUUGUACUGAAAGUCUCUUCAUUAGCAAGUGCUGCCCUUCUAGAAAUGCUUUGGGAUGGUGACAGUUGAGCAACUUCUAUGGCAUCUUGCAAGCAAACCUUGCACCAAGUAAUCGAUGCCUUUUUCUAUAUUCAUGCAAAAUUGAAGGUACAUUUGUGACAGUCAUAAAUGUUUGAUUAUGCACAACAGCAAUAUAGAGAAAACAUUGUUUACUUGAUGCUAUGUCUGAUAUGACACUAAACAUGCCAGGGAAUGUGCUUAUGUGACUAUCAUCUUUAGUCAUCUUCCGGAGGUGUUUUAAUAGGAUGUAGUCAGUCUAGUAGAUACUGACAUAGAUUGUCUUGAUGUAAAGUUAGGAAGAUUAGAGUGAAACCUGAAUAUAUCCUAUCCUGUACAAAGAUUUUUUUUUUUCAACUGAGAAAAAUUGUUACCUUAACCUGGUGGCCAACAAACAUGUUUUCUGGAAUCUUGCCACUUAAGUUUGCAUGAAGCAACCAAUAUUUUUCUUCUAUAUUAACUUAGAAUUUAAGUCAUUCCUCUUUUUUUUCAUGGCGCAUUGUUACAAAAAUAUCAACAUGGAUGACUUCAGUUUUUCUAACAAUAUUUGUUACUUGGCACAAAGUCUGGUGGCAAAACACCGUAAUAUACCAGGAAACUUGGUUGUUUGUCACAUUUCAAAUACGUAGUAGAUAAUAUAAAAACAGUAUACAAACAUAGAUAAUCAGGGAAAAUGUUUGGUUAGAGAUAUAUUUUUGAUGUUACUAGGUCUGUAACUCCUAUUUUUUUAUUGAUAUCAAGAACAUGACGUGAAAGUUGUCAAAGAAUUUCCAAGACGCCAUUCAAAAUUUUGCAUGCAGCUGCAUGAGAGGGUUUUGAUAUUUCAAAUGUAUAUCAUUUUUUUAAAAGUCCAUAGCUGGCACAGUGUGUAAUGCAGCUUCAAUUCAAGUGAUUCUUGCCAGCUAGAUUCUAAUUGCAGUAACAUAGCAAGAAUUUCCAUAAUUUCAAUUUUUCUGAUACUUUUGCAUUUACAAAAACACUAAGGCCUUAAAUAGUAAUAAAUAGAACAAGAAAUUGGCUAUUCAUUUUUUUCAAAUAAAUGUUCUCAUAUUCAGAUCUUAUGAACUGAAAUCAAUAUUGCAGUACCUUUGUGUUGGCAUACAUUUAGCUAACAGGGGUUUAAAAUAUUUUACUAUGAACUGCAUAACUUAGUAGUACAGUAUUUAGUUUUAAAUAAAAUGAAUUAGGAAUAUAAAGUUUGUACACUUAAUAAAACAACAAAUAGGCCUUGCAUAUCUCCUAGGUUUCUUUUCAGCUAUAGCGCAAAUCAUUGUUCUAUGAAUGUUUGACAUUGUCUUUGAUUAUUUGUGGUGUGAGGCUGAAACAAAUGUUAGACCUGUUAGACAUUCCAAAGAGUUUAAUUAACAGGAAUAAAGUCUGGCAGAAAAUAUAAAAUAUUGUCUUACAGAUAUAUAAGAAGCAUUUACAGCACAUGCUUGAGCGAAUGAGGUGUAUAAAGCACAUUUGCAAAUACGUACUACAUAUAGAUUUCUGUAUUCCAUACAGUAUAUAAAUAAAAUAUGUAUGCAUGUAUGUAUGUAUGUAUGUGAAUACAUAAUUGCCCCUUUCUUUGUAAACUUGAUGUCUACACAUGCUAUCUGAAUCAUUCUCAAUACCUGGCUGAAAAUUAGAUACAUCUGUGUUAAGCUGUGACUGUAGUAACAUUAGUCAAAGGAAGAUAUUUUUGUUGAUCUUACAUACAUUGACCUCUAAGGUAAACGCGAACGAUGUGUGCUUGGUACUCAAAUGGUCUGCAUUUGUAGCAUGUUCAUGUUGCAACACUAAUGUACUUUGUAUUGUGCAGUUUGGCUUUUCAUUAUUAAUAGAUGAAAACAUUUUCCACGAUCUGGAAAAACACCUGUAACAUUAAUUACACUUCAAAAUUUACUAUGUCAAGAUCCAUAUUCUGCUGCAUCAUGGUAUAAUACAUAACAUUGUCAAGAAAACUGUAACAAUGUAAGUGUUGUGUUAGAUGUCUACUGUAAUUGUAAUCUUGAAUAUGCUUUCUGUUCAGUGGGAUGAAGCAGAGAUAAUCAUUGCUUCUUAUUUGUACCCAGCAUGUAAUGGCUGUGCCAUGACAUAAACCUCUUAAGAUAAGCUUGUCCAUAUCAUACUGUGUUAUAUUUUUAUUCAAACUUUGAUCUACAAUGACAAUGCCUUAGUAUUCAUAUAAAUUUCAUUCUUAGUAAUGACAAUGCCUUAGUCUCUCUCUCUCUCUCUCUCUCUCUCUCUCUCUCUCUCUCUCUCUCUCUCUCUCUCUCUCUCUCUCUCUCUC